UCUUGCACAGGUGUAGCGGCUCCUCCCCUUCUGUCUAGCACAGGUGUACCGGCUCCUCCCCUCCAGUCUUGCACAGGUGUAGUGGCUCCUCCCCUUAAGUCUUGCACAGGUGUAGCGGCUCCUCCCCUCCAGUCUCGCACAGGUGUACCGGCUCCUCCCCUUAAGUCUUGCACAGGUGUAGCGGCUCCUCCCCUCCAGUCUCGCACAGGUGUACCGGCUCCUCCCCUUCUGUCUAGCACAGGUGUACUGGCUCCUCCCCUUCAGUCUUGCACAGGUGUACCGGCUCCUCCCCUCCAGUCUUGCACAGGUGUAGCGGCUCCUCCCCUUCAGUCUUGCACAGGUGUACCGGCUCCUCCCCUUCAGUCUUGCACAGGUGUACCUGCUCCUCCCCUUCAGUCUUGCACAGGUGUACCGGCUCCUCCCCUCCAAUCUUGCAGAGGUGUACCGGCUCCUCCCCUUCAGUCUUGCAGAGGUGUACCGGCUCCUCCCCUGGACUGGCUUCCUCUGAUGUCACUGCACACUGGGAGCUCCUCACAGUCCAGCAUCAUGUAGCUCCUUCCUCCCCAGCCCGACU